AUGCUACAGUAUUGGGAUUACGAGGAAUUCGUCAUCCACUCAUUUCAAGACAGUCUGUCGAGAUCAGCUCUCGACGGGUUCAUGUCACUAAAGGCCGAGGACAUUCCGACGUGGGCAGACCUUUCCCGGAAAUUCAUCGACCAGUACCAGUACUGUGCGGAAACACCUCCGACCCUCUUGGAAUUAAGCAUGAAGGAGAUGGCGCAUGGCCAAAGGUUUGAGAUAUACGCUACCAAAUGGCGUGCCCAAGCGGCGAAGCACAUCCCUUCAAUCAGCGAAGUACAACAGAUUCAGUUGUUCCACUCCACACUGAGGGGGGUAUAUUAUUCGCACUUAUUGGCCCACACUUCUUCAUUCUCCGACCUCAUCGAGGCCGGGAAAAAGCUCGACUUGGGAAUCAAGCUCGGCAGGAUGGAGGGCCCCACCAAUAAAGGAGAAGAAUCCUCGAAGAAAGCCCCUGCGACGAUGUCGUCUUCCAGCGGAAGGAGAGGGAAAGAGGUUUCAGUUAACACCGUCAAUCCAGCGCAUCCGACGCCCCAGCAAUACUCGGUGAAUCUCACGACCGCACCAACUGCCGCUCCUACCUACUCCUCCCCCCCCCCUCGACAGCACCAACCUCAAUCGAUUUAUUACUUGGCUCCACCGGUUCCGCCACCAAUGACCUCACAACCGUUCGUGCACCACUACGCACCUACACCAACUCUGUCCCCUCAGCCUAGGCCCCUGGUGUCGAGAGCUCGUCCACUGGCGCAGCAGAGCCCUACUUCACAAGGUCCACAGGUCGGCGCCACGCAAUAUCGAUCUCGCAAGCAGUACACACCUCUACUUGCUCCCCUUUCUCACAUAUAUCGACAACUCCUUGCGGGCAAUCAUAUUCAGCCGAUAUCCCUGGGCCCGAACUUUGACCCGGCCGCUCAGGAUCAGUCUAAACACUGCGAAUAUCAUCAAGGCGCGCCGGGGCAUACUCUCGAUAAUUGUUGGAGGUUGCGAGACGAGAUUCAAAAAAGGAUCGACAACAACAGGCUCACCUUCAAUGCCGUCAGACCCCCAAAUGUGCAAGCCAACCCCAUCCCUGAUCAUAGGCCGAGCUCGGGAUCCUCCAUAAACAUGAUCACUAUAUGCACCUUGGGGAAGGACGAGAACGCACAAGACAAUCCCCUUCCUUUCGUGAUCGACUACACCCUCGAAGAACCCACGGUCGGAUUCGCAGGACACAUGGCCUCGCCGGCCCCAUUUGUCGUAGAUAUCCCCACUCGAGAAAUGUACUCGGACAACAAGGUCCCCUGGACCUAUGAAGGAGGCAUCGAGAGCGUCGAGCAACAGUUCAGUGUCAUGGGUGUGACACGUUCGGGACGAGUGUAUGAGAAUCCGGUAAUCAUAGACAAAGGGAAGGCGCCCGCCGCUGGAGUUGGCGCAGUACCCGAAAGCAUGCCUUUUCCAUCCAAGAGGGUGACCGAAGAGGAAGCAGAAGCAUUCAUGAAGAUCAUAAAGGCAAGCGAAUACAAAGUAGUCGAGUAA